CCUUCUCCUUCUCCUUCUCCUUCUCCUUCUCCUUCUCCUUCUCCUUCUCCUUCUCCUCCAUCUUCCCCUUCCCCUGAUCUCAGCAGGGUUGGCUCAAAUGUUGAGUUCACUCCUGAUCAGAUUGAAGAAUUUAAGGAAGCAUUCUCCCUCUUUGACAGGACUCCUAAAUCCGAGAUGAAAAUCACCUAUGCACAAUGUGGAGAUGUCUUGAGAGCUCUGGGGCAAAAUCCAACCCAGGCUGAGGUCAUGAAGCUGCUUGGCAGACCCAAACCAGAAGAAAUGACCUCCAAGAUGAUUGACUUUGAGACCUUCCUGCCCAUGCUGCAGCACAUUGCCAAGACAAAAGACACAGGCACCUACGAGGACUUUGUGGAGGGUCUGCGUGUGUUUGACAAGGAGGGGAACGGCACCGUGAUGGGGGCUGAGCUGCGCCACGUUUUGGCCACACUGGGUGAGAGGUUGACUGAAGAGGAGGUUGAUAAGCUAAUGGCUGGUCAGGAAGAUGCCAAUGGCUGUAUCAACUAUGAAGCUUUUGUGAAACACAUCAUGGCUAACUGA